GCAUUACAUGCUGAGCAGAGAAAGAGAAUACAGAAAUAACAUUUGGAAGAUAUUACAUUUGGAUUACAUGCCGGCAUAUUAUUUUUAGCAUUUAUACCAUCUCCUCUGAGCCACAUAAAGCCUCUUUGACCUUGCUUUGAAGGACUCGAAAGCCUACACUUCCUCUUCCAUUUCAGUAACCCUACAGUAGUGGAGCAGGAUGAUAGCCGCACAGCUUCUGGCCUACUACUUCACUGAGCUGAAGGAUGAUCAGGUCAAAAAGAUUGAUAAGUACCUGUACUCCAUGCGCUUCUCUGAUGAGACACUGCGAGACGUCAUGUCCCGCUUUCGCAUGGAGCUGGAGAAAGGGCUGAGUCGUGACGCCAAUGCUACAGCCACUGUUAAAAUGCUGCCCACCUUCGUCAGGUCCAUUCCUGAUGGCUCAGAGAAGGGGGAUUUCAUUGCUCUGGAUCUGGGAGGCUCUAAUUUCCGAAUCCUGCGAGUGAAAGUUUCUCAUGAAAAGAAGCAAACCGUGCAGAUGGAGAGUCAGGUCUAUGAGACUCCAGAAGACAUCAUGCAUGGCAGUGGAACACGGUUAUUUGACCAUGUUGCUGAAUGCCUGGGGGACUUCAUGGAGAAGCAUAACAUCAAAGAUAAGAAACUUCCAGUGGGAUUCACCUUCUCAUUCCCCUGUGCUCAAACCAAACUGGAUGAGGCUGUUUUGCUGACUUGGACAAAACGUUUCAAAGCCAGCGGAGUGGAAGGGAUGGAUGUAGUGAAGCUUCUGAACAAAGCUAUUAAAAAGCGAGGGGACUAUGAAGCAGAUAUCAUGGCAGUGGUCAAUGACACUGUGGGAACGAUGAUGACCUGCGGCUUUGAUGACCAGCGCUGUGAAGUUGGGAUGAUCAUUGGUACAGGCACUAAUGCAUGCUACAUGGAGGAGUUGAGACAUAUUGACAUGGUUGAAGGAGAUGAGGGUAGGAUGUGCAUCAACACAGAGUGGGGAGCUUUUGGAGAUGAUGGCAUGCUGGAGGACAUACGUACUGAAUUUGAUCGGGAUAUCGACCGUGGAUCUCUUAACCCUGGCAAACAAUUGUUUGAGAAGAUGGUCAGCGGAAUGUACCUCGGGGAGUUGGUGAGGCUGAUUCUUGUAAAGAUGGCCAAAGAGGGUCUGCUAUUUGAAGGCCGCAUCACUCCAGAACUACUGACUAAAGGCAAAAUUGAAACAAAGCAUGUUUCUGCUAUUGAGAAGAGUAAAGAGGGAUUGAACAAAGCCAAGGAAAUUCUAACCCGUCUGGGAGUGGAGCCAUCAGCAGAUGACUGCAUCGCUGUGCAGCAUGUGUGUGCUAUCGUCUCUUUCCGCUCUGCCAAUCUCGUUGCUUCUGCACUGGGUGCGAUUCUAAAUCGCCUGAAGGACAACAAGAAUGUCCCCCGUCUCCGUUCUACUGUGGCCAUAGAUGGCUCACUCUACAAGAUGCACCCACAGUAUGCCCGUCGGCUCCAUAAGACUGUGCGGCGUUUGAUACCCGAGUGUGAUGUUCGCUUCCUGCUCUCAGAGAGUGGAAGUGGCAAAGGUGCUGCCUUGGUAACAGCCUGGGCCUCGAGAUUGGCUGAUCAGACACGCCAGAUUGCCGAAACGCUGGCAGAGUUCCGCCUCAGCAAAGAUCAGCUGCUAGAGGUGAAGAAGAGGAUGCACACAGAGAUCCUGAAUGGCCUGGGCAAGAAGACUCAAAGCACAGCUACAGUUAAGAUGCUGCCCACUUACGUGCGCAGUACUCCAGAUGGCACAGAAAAUGGAGACUUCUUGGCUUUGGACCUUGGAGGCACAAACUUUAGGGUGCUCUUAGUGAAAAUUCGCAGUGGUAAGAGACGGACUGUGGAGAUGCAUAACAAAAUCUAUGCCAUUCCCAUCGAGGUGAUGCAGGGAACAGGAGAAGAGCUUUUUGAUCACAUCGUUGCCUGCAUAUCAGACUUCCUGGACUACAUGGGAAUGAAGAAUGCUAGGCUUCCUUUGGGCUUCACUUUCUCUUUCCCAUGUAGACAAACCAGCCUUGAUGCUGGUAUCCUAGUAAACUGGACAAAAGGCUUUAAGGCCACAGACUGUGAAGGAGAGGAUGUAGUCAAUCUCUUAAGAGAGGGGAUUAAAAGGAGAGAGGAGUUUGAUUUGGAUGUGGUGGCAGUGGUUAAUGACACAGUGGGAACCAUGAUGACCUGUGCUUAUGAGGAACCAACAUGUGAAGUUGGCCUUAUUGCAGGAACGGGCAGUAACGCUUGUUACAUGGAAGAAAUGCGGAACAUUGAGACAGUGGCGGGAGAUGAAGGCAGGAUGUGUGUGAACAUGGAAUGGGGUGCAUUUGGAGACAACGGCUGCCUGGACGACAUCAGGACCCAAUAUGACCGAAAUGUGGAUGAUCUUUCUCUUAACCCUGGCAAACAGAGGUAUGAGAAGAUGUGCAGUGGGAUGUACCUUGGUGAGAUUGUGCGAAACAUCCUCAUUGACUUGACAAAGCGUGGCUUCCUGUUCAGGGGCCAAAUCUCUGAGACUCUCAAGACUAGGGGCAUAUUUGAAACCAAAUUCCUGUCCCAGAUUGAGAGUGAUCGUCUGGCACUACUGCAAGUCAGAUCUAUUCUGCAGCACUUGGGUUUGGACAGCACAUGCGAUGACAGUAUCAUCGUUAAGGAGGUGUGUGGCGUAGUGUCACUCCGAGCCGCACAGAUUUGCGGUGCGGGGAUGGCAGCUGUUGUGGACAAAAUCAGGGAGAACCGAGGACUGGACCAUCUGGACAUCACCGUCGGGGUAGAUGGCACGCUCUACAAGCUCCAUCCACAUUUCUCCCGGAUAAUGCAUCAGACUGUGAAAGAACUCGCGCCCAAGUGCAAUGUGAAUUUCCUGCUCUCUGAAGAUGGAAGUGGAAAAGGUGCUGCACUGAUCACUGCUGUUGGAUGCCGCCUACGUGAGCAAGAACAAAAGAACUAAAGACUGUCUAGUCCCCUCUUACUUUAAACGAGCGCUGAACAUUUCUUCCUAGCACCCCCUUACUGAGCUUUACUGGGCUUUCAGUCCAGAACAUGGGGUCCUACAUACUUCAUAUUUCACUCCAUUUUGAACUAACUAUAACUGUAAGCCAUUCACUGUGUCUCACUGUUGGGUGUCUGUGUAGGUGUUUUAAGAAUAGGUUUUAUCCCACAUUGCUUAGUAUAAGAUGUGUGUGUGUGUAUAUAUAUAUAUAUAUAUAUAUAUAUAUAUAUAUAUAUAUAUAUAUAUAUAUAUAUAUAUAUAUACAUUUUUAACUGCUGUAAACAUUUUAGAUAUAUAUUAACAAAAAGGGAAGAUAUUCAAGGCACAGUGGUAAGAUCAAUUAUUUAUAAAUAAAUGAAUAUAUUAUUUAUUUUAUUUUUGUAUUUGACCAAUGUAUUGUCGGAAUGUUAAAGCAAUGACUGGGUUUGCUAGAGAAAGAAUGUUACGAGUUUGUUUAAGUUAUGAGAUGGUCAAAUUUUAAUCGGUUCGCAUUUCCCAGAAAAACAGGAUUAUUACGUGAAAGUUAAGCUGGCUAAUAACAUCUGAUUGAGACGCACGGGUUUGAAGAGGGCUGUGCAAGGGAGUUGAGAGUGCAAUUAAUGUUAACUCCAUGUCUACUGUUUCCAUACACUCCGUAAUCCCGGCUUCUGUACCCCUGACUUGAAGCACAGACCGAUCAUGUCAUUGAGAUGCAACCUAGAAUGAAAACUUUUUGCCUUUGUAAUCUGACCCUUUCUAAAUUACAGCUUUCAGCUGGAGCAGUUGCAUCAGCUUAUAUUACAUAUUGCUUGUCUGAAAGUAGUUGAUACACGUGAGCCUGCGUGCUGUGUAAAUAUGCGAUCUUCAACCCUGCAAUAGAAAGGUGCAAAUCUCCAGUCAAUGUAUCAUUGUGUGUAAUCCAACUGGGUGUUUCUAUGUGAUCUUGUGUAGUUACUGUGACUGAACCUGUGCUGUAGUAGGGUGAAUGCAUGCCUUACAUGGUCUAGUGUCCAUUCAUUUUGUACAAUUAAUAGGUGCACUAAAUGUAGAUGUUCGAUAAAAGAGCAUAAUUAAACUAUUUUGAUGAGCCAG